GGGUUUCCUGUGGAACACAGUUUUUAAUCUAAUCUUUGGGCUCCCUGUGUUUUGCUAAUCCAAGAUGGCGGAUGGGUUUCUCAAUAUCCAACUUCAGUUUAGUGGAGGAGCUGAACUUUUAUUCAACAAAGUCAAAAAUCAUGGCGUAAGCUUGCCUAAAACAGAUAAAUCAUGGACUAUAAGACAUCUUUUAGUAUGGAUUAGGGAUAAUUUAUUAAAAGAAAGACCAGAGCUCUUCAUGCAGGGAGAUAGUGUGAGGCCUGGAAUACUAGUGUUGGUGAAUGAUGCUGACUGGGAAUUACUUGGUGAACUGGAUUAUGAAUUGCAAGAAAAAGACACUGUAGUAUUUAUAUCUACACUCCAUGGAGGAUAAUCAAAAAUCAUUACAUAAUCGUAUUCCUUUAGAAAUUUAAAUAUCCUUAAUGUGAAAGAAAUGUCAAAUAACAAUAAAUUUUUUAGAAAUUUU